AUGUCAUCCCUGACUCAAGCGGACAUGCUACAGAGUGAAAGUGUGGCAAAGGAGAAACGAAAACCCGUCCGCCGCAAUCCGGAGAAGAGACGACAACAGAAUAUCAAGGCGCAAAAAAGAUAUCGGGAGAAGCUUCGUGAUCGCCUAAGCCAUCUCGAGGCACUCGAAGCCUCGCAACGUGGUUCUGUUGAAGAAACGCUAGCUGUGAACACAGCUACAUCUCAAGCGACUAUAACUGAGGGAUCACAUAUCACUACACAAGACCCAUCAAUUUAUGAUACUUCAGACAUAUACGCUCCCAGUCUAUCCUCGGGGACUCAGGAUUUCCAUUACAUUGUCCCACAGUUCGAGGAUAACUGGUCAGCAUUGAGUACGUGGGACUCCACGGCAAUUAUUUCACAGUCCGACGGCACCUCAACAGUGCCAAGCAUAUGGGGAUCUGCAACACAUACCUCACAAUCAGAGAACAAUACACCACCAUCACUAAGUCCAUGGGACACCACAGCACUCUUUUUACCGUCAUUCGGCACCCAAUCUACAACGGGAAGGUCGGAUCCCAUAGCCACAACCCACGUCGAUCCUUCAGUUGUGGUGUGCGAAAAACACAAUGACGGCUCAGACCCAUACUGGACAACGAACAUAGAUUGUGGCUGCUCUAUUCCACACAUCCAAAUACGAACACAAGGACCGGAUCCAUUUACCCUGAGAGGUCUCCGACUUUUGAGUUUUACACCGACUGCACGUAUAGCAGAUCCAUAUGUCAAUACCCUUCGCCUCGAAACGGUGUGCACAAUCUCAGCAUUGUUCAAUCUGGGGAUGCAUAUCGGUAUUACCGAGGAGAUGAUAUGUGCUGAAGAUUGUCGCUCGCCGUUUUACCGCUCGGGCGCGAAGUCUGAUCAUCCCAUUGAAGCAAAUACCAUUGGCACGGUAAAGGGAAUCUUCAAGGCGCUGAAGCCGGAUCUGAGACCCAGCAGUGAACAGAUUACCGUGGAGCACCAUCCAUAUAUUGAUAUUCUCCCCUUUCCGACUUUGAGGAAAAACCUCAUCAGGCACCAACAUCUGGAAGAAUUUGACGAGGAUCAGUUCUUUCUCGAUCUUCUGGCUGGCUUGGUAUGCUGGGGAGGUGCAGGUGUGGGGAGGAGGGAUCGAGAUCAGUCCACUGGGUUCGCUUCGACAGGUACACCGUGGGAUGUCCGCAGUUGGGAAGCUAAGGUGUGGUUUUUGAAGAAGUAUUGGACUCUGCUAGGUGGAAAAGAUGGAGAGCUUGUCCGGCAAAGUGAGUGGUGGCGUGGUAUUCGAGGGGAGGACACGCCGACUGAAAUUGAAAGCGUAUAG